AUGAAUUCAAGAUCGCCAAUUCCAGUGAGGCUGCCUCCGAUCUCAAGAAGAGUGGUUAGUAUGGCGUCUACUUCCACAAUUCCACUUGCUCAUCAUUCACAAUCAAUGGUUGAUAAAUCAGAAUUGUAUAAAUAUGUUUUAAAAAUAGUCUUACUAGAAUAUAGCAAUGAAGCAAGAUUUCGUACUCCUAUUUUAGAUUCCCUUAUCGCAUCAUCAGGAUCAUUCAAUAAUAGUGGUAGUGGUGGUAGUAGUAGUAUACCACGUAGAAUUAAUAAUACUAAUGGGAAUGCAGGAAAUAGAUCAAGUAUGGUUUUUGAUCAAAAAUUACCAAGUUAUGCAUUUAAGAACUUAAGAGUUCAACUAAAUUUAAUUAUGACAAAUCAAAAGAUUGUGGAUGAGAAAUUCAGAAGAAGUUUAUUACGAUUAUAUGGAGAAUUAUUAAACCAAGAUAUUGAAAAUGAAUUAAGAAAUAUUGAUUUUUUAAUUUCAAAAUUUACUGCAUUUGCAAGUCAAGAAUUACGAAAAGUUUCAGAAUUUGAAAAUGAUGAUGCAUUGAAUAAAACUGUAUUCAAACAAACUCGUUCAUUUAUUGAUUUGUUAAUUGAACUAAUUAAAAAUAAAAAAGAUUUUGAUUCUGGAUUAAUAUCUCAAUUAAAUCAACGAAAAGAUUCAUUUCAAGAUAAAUCGAAUUCAAAACUUAUUCAACCAGAACAAAAUCAAAAUGUUAAAUAUCCAACUAAAUCUUAUAGAAUAAGUGAUAUGAAUAAAUCCGCAAUUGAAUUGAUUAAGAAAAUUUUUGGUGUUGAUGAUACUCAAUUACAACAAGAUGUAUUUAAAUAUAAAGAUAUCUCAUUGGCUAAACCAGCUCAUAAUGAUGCCAAAGAAUUAAUUAAAGUUCCAAUUUCAAUUGAUAAUAAUUUUGUAUCAGAUGUGGCGCUUAAUCAAUGGAAAGAAAGACAACAGAAUAUGACAAAUCAGGUUAUUAAUAGAUAUAAAAUUCCAGCUGAUUUAACUUUAUUACCAUUGCCUCCAUUACCUCAAGGUGAAGAUUUUUUUAUAAUACCUAGGAAUGGUGAGGCAAGGAGUUAUUUCAUGUCACUUGUAAAGUUGGUUAUUUCGUUGAAAAAUCAAUUGGACUUUUCGGAUCCAGGGAAACCAAUACUUGAAAAAUCAGAAUCUGAUAUGUUAAAUAUUAUUGCAAGAGUAUGGCAUAUUGAUUAUCCUACAAGAGCAGUAGCUUUCUAUUCAGCCGUACAAGAAGUGAAUGGCUUGGUUGACUUCCCAAUUGAAUCUGAUUCUUCCAAGAAAGGCUCCUCCAACCUGACACCGGUUAAUAUUCCUGCUAGUGAGAAACUUUUCCACACCUGUAAACGAAUUGUUGAAGAUGAUGGUGGAUUGGAUUGGGAUGAAAAACAAUACACAUGGUCUUUGGAAGAUCAACAAGAAUGGAUUGAUAAUCUAAGUGAUACGUACAGUCAAACAUUUGUGGGGUUGAGAGAAAACAUUCAAUUAAUAUUUAAUAAAACCGUUAAACCCAAAUUUGGUCCAUAUUUGCAGUUUCUUGGUGAUUAUGUAGAAUCAGAUUCGUUAUUUCCAGCAUUGGUUGAAUCUGAUUUACCUAAAAAGUGGGAGAAAAGAUUAAAGAAAACAUUGACAAGAGUUGCUGGUAGUAGGUACGAAGAAUAUUUAUUUACAAUACCAAGAGAUGAUUCCAUUAAUGUCAUUCAUAUGAUUAAUGUUUGUGAAGCAUUGGUGAAAGAUAUAAGAGAUUUACAAAAACGUUACAAGAAUCCCUUGUUGGGAUUUUUAAAUGUUUCUCGAUCAGUCGCAGCCAUAACAACGGGGAUGUUUGCCAGUGAUGCACAAAAGACAAUACAAUAUAUUCAACUUGUCACCAAUAAUCGUAACGAAAGAAUUCCUUAUUCCGAUGCAUUAGAAGUUUAUCAAUUAUUAAGUGAAAUCAGAGAUAUUUAUAAUCAAGUCACACCGUCAGGUUCAAAGUUUAAUUUUAAUUUAGAAAAAUUCUUCUUUCCUUAUUUGAAAUCAUGGGUAGAAGAAAGUGAUGAAAAAAUCCACCUGAUUGUUUCUGAAGCAUUUAAAAAAGAUGAUUACGCUCCAAUUAAUUUAGAUGAAGAUCAAAAACGAAACAGUAAUGCAGUUUUGGAUAUAUUUUCCAUUAUCAAGCAAUAUUUGAAUGCGUUAAAGAAACAAAAUUGGGGUGACGAAUAUCAACUCGUGACAGUAUAUACUACAUUAUUAAAGAGUAUUUCCAAUGGGGCCAUUUUUUAUUCUGAUGAAAUCACCACUAAAAUUAUUAAAGAACUAGAACCUAAAGUUGAAGAAAAGGAAAAAGAAGAAUUAUCCAACCAAGAAGAAAAGAAGAAUUGGUUUGAUGGAGUUAAAAAUGUUGUUUCCAAUAUUCAAAAUUUUAAAAGACCAGAACCAGAAGUUGUCUAUAAUUUUGAACCUCAAACUUGUAUUGCAUUGAAUAAUAUUUCUUCCAUGAUGCAUAAUUUAACUAAGUUAGAAGAUUGGUUAGAUCCAGAAUCAAUUUCAGAUUCCUUGGCAACUUAUAAUCCUAAUUCUAGAACACAGUAUCUAAGUCAUGUUUUUUCAUUAAGAGUAGUACGAGGAGAAAACCUUCGAGCUUAUAAGGAUUCAACAAGUGGUAAGAUCAAUCCGUAUGUAGCGAUAAGAGAUUUAGAUACCAAAAAACUUAUUGGCAAAACAAGAAUGAUUGAACAUAGUCCUGAUCCUUAUUGGGAUGAAGAAUUUGAAAUCACUAUUCCUGCAAAUUCUUCAUUAAACACCUAUGUUACUGUUUGGGAUGGUAGAUUUGGUCAACAUUGUAUAUGUGGUAAAGCACCAUUAGAACUAAAUCCAAGAAAAUUCAAACAUAAUGGUAUACCCGAAGAAAUUGUUUUAGAUCUUGAUUUACAAGGUAAAAUUAUUAUUGAAGUUGCUGUUGAAAGUGAAACUUUGGAUGCGAUGUUUGUCAUGGGAAGAGCUUAUAGAUCAUUGAAAAGAGCCCAAGAAAGGUCAAUCAAAUUAAUUGUUGAAAAAUUUAGUGGAUUUAUUUCAAAUUGUUUUUCCAAGCAGAAUCUUAAAGCAGUUUGUGCAAAAGGUUCCAAUCCUUCCAGAGAAGAAUUUGAAGCAUCAAUUGAAAAUUUAUGUGAUUAUUUAAAUAUGAAUUUAUCAAUUUUGAAAGAAUUUUUAAUGGAUGAAAAUUUCAUGAAAGUUAUGGUUGAGACCUGGAAACAUGUGAUUAAUUCCGCUGAUGAGUUGAUGUUGCCAAAUUUAUCAAAGGCAAAAAUUAAAGCUGAAGGGGGCUCAUUAUCUUUAACAUCUUCCUCGUCUUCAUCGUCUUCAUCACAUUAUACAAAUACAUCAUCCUGGCAAUCGAUGACAUCAAAAUUUUCAAACGUUUCAUUAGCUUCAAUAGGUAUAUCUGGUAUGGAUGGGCCAUUAUCAAUAGUUGAAAUUGAAACAAUUUUGCAAUGGUUAAAUUUUUUGUGUUCAUUUUUCCAUAAUGAAGGUAAUGGACCACCAAUGGAAGAUUUAAAAACAGAUAAAUAUCAAUCUUUAUUACUUGUUCCCGCAUUAUAUGAUCAAUCAGAUGAUUAUUUAAUUGAGGAAGUUAAUAACUUAUCUUCAGCUUAUGUUCAAAUGUUAAAUAAUAGAAAUAACAUUGAUUCUUAUGUUACUACACCUUCUUCUUCCAAUGCAAGAAAUAUUAAUAAUUCAAGAAGUAUAAAUCGAGCUGGAAGUUUAUUAAGAAAUAAAACAAUCAAUGCAAAUGCAACUGCCAAAUUAAGAAAGCAAGCCGCUAAAGAAGUUCAAGAAUCAAGAUCUGAUCCAAUUUCAAGUAAAACUUUAAAAGAAGAUAUAAUUUUAAGAAUUUUAAUUUCAAGAGGUCGAAAAGAUUUUGUUUGUCAAAGAUUAAAUCAAAGAGCUAAGAUAGCUUAUAGUAUGGCUACCGAAAGAAUGGUUAGAGCUGUAGCUGAAAAAAAGUUCACUUCAUGA